AUCCUCGGGGAGGUUCCUCCCCGAAGGGCGGCAGCCUGGCCGGGCCCGAGAGCUGGCCGCGGUGGGGAGGGGAUAGCGGGGCGGACCCGGAGGACAUGGAGGGCGAGGCGGCGGCGUCAUGGCGGGGUCCCGGCGGGGCCGUGCGGGAGCUCUGCCGCUCCUUCGGCCACUACAACCGGCACCUGGCGCGGCUGCAGCACAACCUGCGAGAGACCAAGAGGUUCUUCCGCGACGUCAAGUUCUCCCAGGGGCAGCCCUUCGCCUCGGCGCCUGACGGUGACGGCCCCCGCUCCGCCUGCGAUGGGGAUGGGGGUCCCGGGGAUGGAGGCCCCGGCCCGGUGCCGUUCCCGUGGCACGAGGAGGAGCAGCUGCAGCGCUCGGUGAGCUGGCGGCCGUGCCUGCUGAUCCUGGGCCAGAACUGCCGUGCCAAGGGCCGCCUGCUCAACACCCUGCUGGGCCAGGAGCUGCUGCCCGUGCCCGGGGCUGGCACCCAGGAGCUGCUGCCUUCUGCUGGACCUGGUACUGUCACCGAGGAGCUGCUGCCCAGGACUGGCACUGCCACCGAGGAGUUGCUGCCCACCCCCGGGAUUGGCAUUGGCACUGAGGAGCUGCUUUCCUCCGCUGAGGCUGGCACUGAGGAGCUGCUGCCCACCCCUGGGACUGGCACGGACACUGAGGAGCUGCUUUCCUCCGCUGGGACUGUCACUGAAGAGCUGCUGCCCACCCCUGGGCCUGGCACUGUCACUAAGGAGCUGCUUUCCUCCGCUGGGACUGUCACUGAAGAGCUGCUGCCCACCCCUGGGCCUGGCACUGUCACUAAGGAGCUGCUUUCCUCCGCUGGGGCUGGCACCGAGGAGCUGCUGCCCACCCCUGGGACUGUGACCGAGGAGCUGCUGCCCACCCCUGGGACUGUGACCGAGGAACUGCUGCCCACCCCCGGGGCUGGCACGGGCACCGAGGAGCGCUGCCGGCGCCGCCGGGUGCGCUUCACGCACGGGGCGCGGCCGCGGCUGAGCCUGGCGCUGCCCGGGCAGUACGAGCUGGUGCAGGCGCUGGUGGCACACAGCGGGCACUGGGACACCAUCCCCGAGCAGGACCUGCAGGUGCCCGGGGACGCCGAGGAUCCCGCGCAGAGGGUGGCAGAGCUGGAGGUGGUGCUGCCCUGCGCGCUGCUCAAGGAAGUGGACAUCGUGGUGGCUCCAUGCCGGGGCUUCCAGUCAGCUGAGGCCACCCUGGCCGAGUUUGUGAACCAGGUGCUGCCCGUUGUCACCUUUGCCAUCAGCGAGCCGCAGCUGUCCCCGUCGGACCAGGCAGAGCUUCGAGAAAUCAAAGACAAAUUCUCCCUCCCCAUCUUCUUCCUCCGAAUCCCCGAGGCCGGCAGCGAGCUGAACUCCCCCAAAAACCCCAGCAAGGACAAAUCCCCGCUGCAGCUGCAGCUGCUGGAGCUGCAGUACCUGAGCCCCUGCAGCCCCUGCGGCUGCGGCGUUCCCGGCUCGUCCAUGCUGGUGGAGCAGCUGGAGAAGCUGCGGCUGCUGAGCUCCUUCUCCAGGCAGGUGCUGCAGCAGCACCUGGUGGAGGCUGCCACGAGGCUGAGCGAGGUUCACGGGCGCUGCCUCAACAUCUUCAUCAACCAGGCCUUCGACAUGCAGCGGGACCUGCAGAUCACCCCCAAGCGCCUGCAGUACACGCGCAGGAAGGAGAACGAGCUCUACGAGUCCCUGAUGGGCAUCGCCAACCGCAAGCAGGAGGAGAUGAAGGACAUGAUCGUGGACACCCUGGGCAACAUGAAGGAGGAGCUGCUGGAGGAUGCUGCCAGUAUGGAGUUCAGAGGCUCUGGCAAAGCUCCUGGCUGGCAGAAUUCCCAUUUUUCCCUCUUUUCCCUGCUUUUCCAGAUCCUGAACGCCGCCUACCACGUGGAGGUCACUUUCCACUCGGGCUCCACGGUGACCAGGAUGCUGUGGGAGCAGAUCAAACAGAUCAUCCAGCGGCUCAGCUGGGUCAGCCCCCCGGCCAUCACCGGCGAGUGGAAGAGGAAGGUGGCCCAGGACGCCAUCGAGAGCCUCAGUGCCUCCAAGCUGGCCAAGAGCAUCUGCAGCCAGUUCCGCACGCGCCUCAACAGCUCCCACGAGGCCUUCGCCACCUCCCUGCGCCAGCUGGAGGACGGGCACUGGGGCCGGCUGGAGCGCACCGAGGACCUGUGGCUGCGCGUCAGGAAGGAGCACGCGCCGCGCCUGGCCCGGCUGUCCCUGGAGAGCAGAUCCCUGCAGGACGUGCUGCUGCACGGGAAGCCCAAGCUGGGCAGGGAGCUGGGCCGAGGCCAGUACGGGGUGGUGUACCUGUGUGACAGCUGGGGGGGACACUUCCCCUGCGCCCUCAAAUCCGUCGUCCCUCCGGAUGAGAAGCACUGGAAUGACCUGGCACUGGAAUUUCACUACAUGAGGUCCCUGCAGUCCCACGAGAGGCUGGUGCACCUGCAUGGCUCCGUUAUUGAUUAUGGCUAUGGAGGAGGCUCCAGCAUUGCUGUGCUGCUGAUUAUGGAGAGGCUGCACAGGGACCUCUACACGGGGCUGAAGGCUGGGCUGGAAUUGGAGCCACGGCUGCAGAUUGCGUUGGAUGUGGUGGAAGGGAUCCGGUACCUGCACAGCCAGGGCUUGGUGCACAGGGAUAUCAAACUCAAAAAUGUCCUGCUGGACAAAAAGAAUCGGGCCAAAAUCACGGAUUUGGGGUUCUGCAAACCCGAGGCGAUGAUGUCCGGCAGCAUCGUGGGCACCCCCAUCCACAUGGCUCCCGAGCUCUUCACAGGGAAAUAUGACAAUUCUGUGGAUGUUUAUGCCUUUGGGAUCCUCUUCUGGUACCUCUGCUCGGGCCACGUGAAGUUACCCGAGGCUUUUGAGAGGUGUGCGAGCAAAGAUCACCUGUGGAACAACGUCAGGAGAGGGGUGCGGCCGGAGCGGCUCCCGGUGUUUGACGAGGAAUGCUGGCAGCUGAUGGAAGCCUGCUGGGCCGGGGACCCCUCCCAGCGGCCUCUCCUGGGAAUCGUGCAGCCCAUGCUCCAGGGAAUCAUGGACAGGCUCUGCCGGCCCGGCUCCGAGCAUCCCACCAAAGGCCUGGAUGACUCCACCUGAGCGGGAAGCGCGCCUGGAUUCGGGAAUUGCGGCGGGAUUUGGGAGAAUUCCAGCCCCGCCUCUGCUGCGAGCCAGCCC